CUGCGAACCAAAGCGACGGGAAGGUGGCGAUAAAACUAUCAACUAUAUCGGCCUACUUUUAAAGAUUGACGACUUCACACGACAAACUCCAAUUCGAGCCUUUUUAACUGCACUUGCCUAGGUCGUCGAGAAGUAGAGUCCGGUUGUUCAUUUUUUCUUCCAUUGCAUACAGCGAGGCGUUAUGGAGUCUGCACAAUCUCUGCUUUCUCACCCAACCGUUAUCCUCGUUGCGGCACUGCUUGUGUUAUACACUUUUUACGGCGCGCUCUACCGUCUUUGUCUCAGCCCAGUUGCCCACUUCCCAGGUCCGCGUCUUGCCGCAUUGACGUUCUGGUAUGAAUUCUACUAUGACGUCGUUCGCAAGGGGAGCUAUACGUGGGAGAUUAUGCGCAUGCAUGAGAAAUAUGGGCCCGUUGUCCGGAUCAACCCGUACGAGCUUCACGUCAGCGAUCCAGCGUUCUACGAUCAGCUCUAUGCGGGACCGGGCAGGAGGACGGAGAAAUGGUCCUGGUCAGCAAAGAUGUUCGGAACGACAGACGCGGCCGUUGGGACCGUAUCUCAUGAGCUGCACCGCCUGCGCCGAGCCGCGCUGAAUCCGUUCUUCUCUAAGAGAUCUGUUACGCGUCUGGAACCCGUCAUCCAGGCCAAUGUCGACAAGCUAUGUCAGCGGCUACAGGCCUUUACUGGAACCGCGCAGCCAGUGAAUCUAAGAGAUGCUUUUACGGCACUGUCUGCAGACGUGAUCGGCAGCUUUGCGUUUGGCCGGUCUUACGGCUUUCUCGAUGUGCCCGACUUCAACCCUGGAUGGCACAAGCUUAUGAUCGAUCUAAGCCGGGGCACGCACUUGAUGAAGCAGUUCGGCUGGCUCUACACCAUCAUGACCCAUAUUCCGCAGAAACUAGUCUCGAUCGUCCAUCCGCUCACGAAAGAACUCUUCGACGUGCAAAACGGCAUCACGCAGCAGAUCGAAGAAAUCAAAAGCAAAGGCACCGAAGCCCUCUCAAAAGCCGCAGACACAGAAGCCCACGCGCCCACAAUCCUGCACGACAUCCUGCACAGCAGCAAGCUGCCCGCCAGCGAACUCAGCAACCACCGCCUCACAGAAGAAGGUUUCACACUGAUCGGGGCCGGCACAGUCACGAGCGCGCACACCCUCGCCACAACCGUAUACCACCUGCUCGCAAACCCAGAGCAGCUCGCGCACCUGCGCGCCGAGCUCGCCAGCCCCUCUACCCCCUCCAACCCAAGCUGGACAGACCUCGAGCAGCUGCCGUACCUCUCCGCCGUCGUGGCCGAGGGCCUCCGCCUCUCCUACGGCGUCUCGCACCGCCUGCCGCGCAUCUCGCCCGACACGGCUCUACACGUCCCUAACUACGCAUUGGCCAUCCCGCCCGGCACGCCCGUCAGCAUGACGCAGAUGCUGCUGCACGACAACGCGGACAUCUUCGGCUCGCCGCGCGCGUUCCUGCCGCACCGCUGGCUGGGGCCAGAUGCGCCGGAGCUGCGCAGGUUCCUCGUGCCGUUUAGUCGCGGGACGCGCCAGUGCGUGGGCAUGAACCUCGCGUAUGCGGAGAUAUUUCUUACGCUGGGGAGGCUGUUUAGGCCGGUGGGGGAGGGGGGCCUGGCGUUGGAGCUGUGGCAGACGGGCAGGUCCGACGUCGAUGUCGCGCAUGAUUUUUUUAAUCCUGUGCCCCGGUUGGGGUCGAAGGGCGUGAGGGUGUUGGUGGGGAAGGGGUCCGAGGAGCGGGGUGAAGGUGGGGAGGUAUGACUGUGGAGGGGCGUGGAAUCGUUGCAUGGGUUUGAUUGAGUGGCGGUGCGUUGUGCGAAUUAGAUCUGCAUGUUCUCGGGAGGAUGAGUACUCCACCAUCGGAGGUAGUUUGCUUUUGAAAGCUCUAUAGACACUUACUAGACAGUGUUGAAGUUGCACAUUUCAGUAAGAGUACAUCGUUAAGUCCCGAUAUAGCUCUUCUAUACCUAGUCUUCUG